AUGUUUCGAAAUGUUGGGCGUUUAUUUCGAUACUCUCUUGACAGAAGAUGUUCAAAUUUAGUAGAUGUGGAUUCAAAUAAAGUGUACGAUGAGUUGCUGAAGAAAUCAUACUUACUACCUGAAAAUGGGCAUAAUGUUGUGAUUAUUCAACCACAUUUAAAAGGUGUAUUUUACACUAGGAUCAACAACAGCCUAUCAUACUCACCUAAAAAUGAUCCCAAUGUAGACGAAGCUGUCGCUCUUGUGGAUUCAUUAGGAUUUUGGACUACCGUUGGUGUGAUAUUUUGCAAUGUAAAAGCCGCCAAAACUAAUAAAGGACCGUUUUUUAGUAAAGGUAUAUGGCAAAAUGUAUCAAAGUCUGUAAUUGCUUAUCGUGAUGGGAAACAGUCUGUUCAGACUGGUGAUACACUUCCUAACGAAAAAAAUAACUCAUCCUCUGAUCAUACAGUUAAAAAGCGAGCAACAGCAGUCCUCGUAAAUUGGCCUCGUUUAACAACACUACAACUGGCACUUAUGCAACAGGCCUGGCUAAUGCCUGUUUAUGAUCGUUACACCCUCGUUGUUCAGCUUUUUAAUCUUCGAUCUCGUACUCCAGAAGCAAAACUUCAAGCAAAGUUAGCUGAAAUUGGAUUACUUCGAGCUCGUAUUCCAGCAUUUUUUGAAACACCUAAUAUGAUUAAAUGCUUGGUUGAUAGGUCAGAUUUCGCUACAAAGGAACGUUUAUUACAAAUACUUAAUCAAACAGAAGUUAGUCUUUUAAAUCAAUUGGAAAAAAUUUCCAAACAACGUAUUCAUCAUAGGCGUAAUCAUAGACGAGAUAUGGAGAAACAUCAUUUACCACUGGUUGCUGUUGUGGGAUAUACCAAUGCUGGUAAAACAAGUCUUAUACGCUAUUUAAGCAAAUCAGACAAACUUACCUCAUCCCCAGAAGUGUUCGCCACUUUGGAUAUCACACAUCAUCGAAGUCGGUUGCCUAUACUUCCAAAUAAAGUAGGAGAGAACAAUAUGACUUCUAAUCAGUUGUUUUCUGAGAAUGGCAACGAUGGUGGUUGUUCUAAUAGCAUAGGAUUGCCUGGGAUACAAAUGUUACUAUUGGAUACAAUAGGAUUUAUGUCUGAUCUUCCAACUAAUUUAUUGGCUGCGUUUCGAGCUACUUUAGAUGAAUGUUUAGAUGCAGAUCUGAUUUUGCACAUAGUUGAUGUAAGUCAACCUGAAUGGCAAUUACAAGUGAAUCAUGUAGAGGAGCUGUUGUGCAAUAUUGGUGUUAUAAAAAAACCGACAAAUUCUGGACACACAAACGAUUCCAAUGCAUUUGAACCACCUCAAGUGUUAAAAAUAGGUAACAAACUAGAUCGAAUUGAAUCAAAUGAUGUGUACACUGGAUUUGAUGCAUUAAUAUCUGCUAAAACUGGGACAGGUAUGAAAGAGUUGACUUCAAAAGUUCAACUAGCUUUAAUGAAACGUCUAGGAUGGUUUUCACGCACCUUGGAUGUUCGCCAAGGUGGUCCUAGUUUUCAAUGGAUUUAUUCUAAUGCUAUGGUCACAAGCGUGGACACCUCCCCUUCGAGUUCAGAAAGGCUUAGAAUAACUGCAAUAUUCACUCCUAUCGGUUGGAUUAAAUUUUGCAGAACAUUUAAAAUGGCAUCCUCUGAAAAUGUUUCGUAA